AUGCCUGGGAUUACAAACCACAAGAGCUACUUGGUGAAGGCAGCAAUGGCAAAUUUUAUGUCUAGGGCCUAUUCACACUAUAAGAUUACAAUUGAAAAGGUGAUUGGGACCCAUUUGGGUAAACCUGUUUGGUCCCACAUCAUGUUUCAUUUUGAUUCCAAGGUUGAGCUUCUUUGCCCUGGAACAAAACUUCCAUCCUCUGUGACACUUUCUUGGGACAUCAAACUCAUCCAUACUCAAUAUAUCCCAAAGGUUUGGGAGUACUUCAAAUCCAUCCUGGGCGCAAUCCACUUUGCUAUUGAUGGGUGGACAAGCCCAACCUCUGAAUCCUACCUUGGCGUUGUAGUCAUUUGGUAUGCUAAGGCUCAUACACAUUGUUGUAUUCUGGAGUUUAUUUGUUUGACAUUGGCACACACUGGCGCCUAUCUUGCAGAAAAAAUUGCGUCUUGUUUACAGCAAUACAGACUUGAAAAUUGUAUUCUUGCCGCUUGUCUUGAUAAUGCUAGUAACAACCUCACGCUUGUUCAAAACCUUGGACAGUUAGUCCCACAGUUUCAUGGGGCGCAAUCAUAUGUCCAUUGUAUGGCACAUAUAGUCAAUCUGAUGGCAAAGGCAUUCAUGUCCCUGUUCACUUGUCCAAAUCUACCGCAAGAACUUCAAGAUGCACAAGCAAUUAUGACAACCGUUUCCAACUUGGCUUGCAGGGUUGACAAGUUGCCAACGCUGAAAUCCGAGUUCCGCAAAUAUCUAUGUGCGUGCCCCAAGUUGAAGGAAUCCACCCAGCAUUCACUUUCUUGCCGUGUUGCUACUUGCUGGAACUCUGAUCAAAAGACAUUGGACAAUUACCUAUAUCUUUGGCAUCCGGUUAAAAUGCUUACAAACAAUCCAGGGUUGAACUUGAAUCAUUUUGCCCUCAACACAACACAGCGUUGGUUGGCUGAAGAGCUCAACAAAGCACUGGAGGUGUUUGAGCUCCCUACCCAGCAUUUCUCCUCUGGGAGCGUUCCUCUGGUUCACCAAGUACUCCCUGCUCUUGUGGAACUCAAGGACGCCCUCACAGCUAUGUGCAAUAGUAGCAACAUUAGCCCCGUCACGCGCGUAGGGGCUCAAGCGGCACUCAAUGUGUAUAAUAAAUACAUGGAAAACUUGAGUAUUUGCAAAGUUUAUUAUAUCUCUUUAGCAAUGUGUCCAGAUGUUAAACUGAGCUGGUUUUACCAACACUACAAUGCACCAUCAGUUGAGGCUAUUUGUCAGAUGAUUCUUGCGAGGUUCUGCAUCAGCUACCCCCCGUCAAACGACCCCAUUACAUCAAGCUCACAGUUGCCGGAACCAACCUCAAAGCCGCGAAAUCGGUGGCUUCAAGGCCAUUCUCUUACGUCUAGUACUGGCACUACCGCCCCGGCCUUUGCCUCACUCAACUCGGACUCGAUUGAGGCUUAUUUGUCCUCCAGUGUGGAGUCCGUCGCUCCAUAUGGAGGGGCCAUGGAGUAUUGGUCGAGCAAACUCAACUCGAACCCGCGCCUGGCUCGUAUGGCAUUGGAUUAUCUGACCGCACCAGCGACUUCGGUGGAUGCGGAACGCGCAUUCUCUGCUGGGCGACUAACAAUCAAUCAUUUACAGCACAAUAUGUCGUCUGAAACCUUUGAAGCCAAAAUGGCUGUUGGUUCCUGGUACGGAACUCCCCUUCUUCCCGAAAUUUCCGAUGUCGCAGCGAUCAUUUGCGAGAGCAUGUAG